GCGCGGGGGGAGGGGGAGCGAGAGUUGCGUGUCACACAUGCGCGAACGUGUGAACGCCGUUACGCCACUGCCGAACGCGUGAGUCCCUUCCUUAGGCGAUGAAUGGGCCUGGCGCGGCGGGUUGUCCGUCGAGUUUCCGAGAUGGGUCGAAAGGAUGGAGAUGGGGGGGGGGAGGUUUCCCCCUCUCACUUUCUCGCCUCCUGGAGACCAACAGGUGCUGCUGUGUUGCAGUGCCGGAUUUACGUAUAAGCGAAACAAGAUCUAGCUCAGGGCCCCACUCUCUUGCAGGCCCCCCCCCCCCCAAAAAAAAAAUUAAAGGGAAAAACAAACCUGGAUGUACAUUUCCAAAAUAUAAGAUAAAAAGCAAAUAAAAUAAAACCUACAUACAGCAACAGUGUUUUGUGUUGUGUAGGCUCCUACUUGUUGUGUGCAAAUGGCUUGAGAUACCUAUUAGGGCCAUAAAUUACCAUAUAGCAUGUAUUCAACACAUAAAACAGCGACAACUUGUUAUUGACAAAGGACAGCUGGUCAUAUAAAGCAGUGCUCCCCAACCUUUUUAUCGCAGUGGACCAGUCAACGUUUGGUAAUUUUACUGCGGCCCGCUGGGGGGGGGGGGGGACGUUGAUUGUUUAUAUUUUAUUUAGAUUGUUUUGAUUUAAUAAUUUUAAUUUAAUUGUAUUUAAUGUUCCUUGGGCGGCCCGGUACCAAUUGAUCCACGGACCGGUACCGGUCCAUGGCCUGGGGGUUGAUGACCACUGAUAUAAAGGACCCCAUUACCUUCAGUAGCUGAGGGCCUCAUCAAACCAACAUCCGGCCCCGAUGUGACCCCAUAAAUAUUGAAUGGAAAGCUUUGAAGAUGCCUUUGAAAACAUCCCUGUGGCCACCAAGAUGGAUCUGAAGUGUUCUCUGGAAGAAUGCACGAUGGCACUGAACUUAUUUCUGAACAACAAAUUCUCAGAAGCUCUGGAAUUGCUUCGUCCCUGGUCUAAAGGUAGCAUGUACCAUGCCCUAGGGUACAGCACUAUUUUAGUUAUGCAGGCUGCUAUGACCUUUGAGCAACAGGAUAUCCAAAUGGGAAUCGCUACAAUGAAAGAAGCUCUACAAACUUGCCAAAAAUUCAGGAAAAGGAACACAGUAGUAGAAUCAUUGUCCAGUUUAGUUUCGAAACAGUCCGUAGAUCAGCUGAAUGAAGAGGAAAUGCAUGCAGAAAUCUGUUAUGCUGAAUGUUUACUACAGAAAGCAGCACUGACUUUUGUACAGGAUGAAAAUAUGAUCAACUUCAUCAAGGGUGGCCUCAAAAUCAGGACAAGUUACCAAAUAUACAAAGAAUGUCAUCAAGUUCUUCAGAUGACCCAGGGCAGCAAAAACAAGAAUGAAACCUACUACCAAUUUCAAGGGGGCGUGCAACUAGGAAUAGGAGCAUUCAAUUUGAUGCUGUCCCUUUUACCAGGAAGAAUCCUCCGACUUCUAGAAUUUAUUGGGUUUUCAGGCAACAGGGAGGUGGGUCUCCAGCAGUUACGGGAAGGAGCCUCUGGUGCCAGUCUGAGAGCCAUACUGUGUACCUUCACCUUGCUGCUAUACCACACUUACGUUUCAUUAAUCCUAGGGACGGGGGAAGCCAACCUUUUAGAAGCAGAGGCCCUCCUUCAGCCUUACCUCCAGAAGUUUCCAAAGGGUGCCAUCAUUCUGUUUUAUGAUGCCAGAAUAGACAUACUGAAAGGAAAUUUUGAAAAGGCUCAGGUCACAUUCCAGGAAUGCAUUGCAGCCCAGCAAGAGUGGAAGCAGAUCCAUCACCUUUGCUACUGGGAGCUGAUGUGGUCCUAUUCCUUCCAGCAGAACUGGCUUCAAGCAUAUCGGUAUGCGGAUCUGCUUUGCAAAGAAAGCAGGUGGUCAAAGGCAAUAUAUGUGUUCCAGAAAGCUGCCAUUUUAUGUAUGCUUUCAGAUGCUGAAGUGAAAACAACAGGAGAAGACAUUGUAGCUUUGUUUAGGCAAGUGGAAGGCCUGAAGCAAAGAAUUGCAGGAAAAUCCAUCCCAACGGAGAAGUUUGCUGUGAGAAAGGCUCGGCGCUAUGGAGGUUCUCAGCCUGUGAAGCUCAUAGUACCUGCUCUGGAAAUGAUGUACGUCUGGAAUGGCUUUUCAAUUGUUGGCAUGAGAGCUGACCUCACCGAGAAUUUACUAGUAACAAUUGAAAAGGAAGAAACGGUUUUAAAAAAUGAAACCAAUCACAAUGAAUACUACAUGGAUGACAUCUGUCUGCUACAGCUGCUAAAAGGUCUCUGUUUGAAACAUUUAGGAAGACGCUUACAAGCAGAACUCUGCUUCAAUCAAGUUAUUCAAAGCGAGAAGCAGCUGAAGUAUGAUAAUUACCUGAUACCAUACACGAUGUACGAAUUGGGUCUUCUGUACAAACAACAGGAUGAAAGAGAAAAAGCAAUAAGAUUCAUAGAAGCUGCAAAAAACAAUUACAAGGAAUAUUCUAUGGAAUCUAGGUUACACUUCCGAAUCCACGCAGCUCUAAAUAGUAUGAAAGUGACUCCUGCUCCGACGCCUUGAUGUCAUUGAGGGCAAUGCAUAACACAAGUGUCUACAAGUUACUGCUUGGAAGCCUACGGAAAUCAUGUAAAUGAUGUAACAAAAGAGACGUAGUUUAUAUUUUCUAUCAUUUGUGAUAUUUGAAUGUUCGUCACCCCUUUUGAGCCGCUUAUUUUUUCUAUGGCGCACUUCCAUAUCUCUGCUUCACAUUUUAGAGGGGGAAAUCUUAUAUUUUGUUUAUAAAUGGAUUAAUUUAAAGCUUGACAUGAAAGGAGAGUAUUUUAUAAAAAUAAAAAUAACAUUGCUGGUGCAAUAAAAGAGGAAUUCAAACACUUUAUUUUUUUAUGCAAAGACUAAUAUUGUUUAUGUGCGGAACUAUGCGAUGGUUCUGUGCGUAGUUUCAGCAGUCCAUGAAGGCUUGAAUGUCUGCAAUACCUUUAUUAUGAAUUAGGACUGGGAAAGUUGGCUGCCGGUAGCCAUAGCUGUAUAUUUGAAUUUAAAGCUUAGAUUUACGUACCAAAGACAUGACUCUUCAUAUUGUAGCCAAAAGGUGAAGGACUUGCGAGUUAUUUUAUGAAUGUUGGCUUGAAUUCUGUGCAAUAUACUGACAAUAUUCAGCUAAACAAAAUUAGGGAAAGAGAUGGGGGUUUCGCGGGGGGUCCUCUCCACAGCUGUGGUUUUUUUUUUUUUCAAUACACAAAGUCAGUUGUGUAGAGUUAAAGGGCGGGGGGCUUGGAUAAUGGUAGCAAUUCAGUCAUUUCCCCCAUAUCUAAAUCUAUUUAAUUAAGGGAUGUCACUGGGAGUGAACUGUACACUGAAGACAUUUGAGGGCCCCUCAGUUUUCACCACCAAAUGUCAUUUGAUUCUGAGAUUCCUGUAAUUUUUUUUUUUAGGGAAAUUGCAAUUUCAUUGUGAACGAUUCACAAGGAAAUUGACGCUCAUAAAUAUAGCCAGCAUUGCUGUACCUUUUAAAAUACAGUUCAAUAGUAAGGCAAUUAAACUUUCUUAUUUUCCAGUCCAUUCCCUUAUUAAUACAACCAUUUUAUGUGUAUUAUGCUAUGGAACCUGGAGACAGACAGACUGUGCACAUUCUCUCAGAAAUGUCUCUCUGUCAUUUUUUUAUUUUAUUUUGGUCUUUUUCUCAGUAUAAUUCAGUAUGCCAGAAUGCAAGUCCUACUUCUGCUAGUGUAAAGGACCAAAGUCGUCUGUCGUGAACAUACACUGUUAUGGUCAGCACCUGAUUAUAUCACACUCACUCAGUGAACCUAAGUCAACCAAGGCUAAAUCCACAGAUUUCAAUGGGUCUCCUCUGAGUAGGUUGUAAUCAGAUGCCUCCCAUAGUGUCAUUACAUAGUUUAAGGUAACUUUUUUUUCUUUAGCACUCUGUGUUUCGGUUAUUAAUUUAUAAGCUGCUAAAUUAAUGGGGAAAUUGGACUAUAAGAGAUUUUUAUUUUUAAAAGACGAUAUGUGAUCACAUUUGUGCUGAUUGAUACUGGACCCCCUAGUCCACAUUCAUAAGCAACAGCUGCAGGAAUAAAAGGACAUUUCAAUCUAGGUUUCUCAGCACAGCUUCCUAAACUUGUAACAAAUAGGUUUUCUGUUGAAAGCCAACAGCCUCUCUCCUUUUUUGCCAUAUUUUGCAAUACCUUUUGCCACCUGCUCCUUUUCAACUUUUAAUGCCCUCCGUUUGGUGGCAUUCCUAUUUCUCUUUGGGCAUUUUAAGAUGACUGUAAUAGAAUUUCAAGGUAGCAGGUCUGCCUAGUAACAUUCAGGAUGAAUUCAAAUUGGAAGAGAGGUCAUGCCACGUCAGAGGGAUCACUUUGCAAACCACCAUUUCAGAUUUGCCAAUAAAAGCGCAUACAAAUUCUGGCGCUUAUGGCUUUUUUUGGUUUCAGUCCAUGAGGCAGGCUGCAUGUUCAUCACAUUGUUUUCAGUUCCAAUAUGAGGCUCGCAGACAAGCAGUUGCAAUCUAAAAAUACAUUUUAUUAUGUUUGCUAACUAGUGGCUGUUUUAAUCUUACUGUUUCUGAAUGACUCAUGCCAUAAGCAUUCUUAAAAUAUCAUUGCAAAUUAGAACUCUUUUAUGUGUCCAGGGUUUUAUAUACAAAAUCUCAUUAAUAUCACUGGGUUAUUUAAUCCAUCCUAUUAGACAAGAACAUGGUAAACAUGUGGAGUCACUUUUAGUUUUAAAUAAAUGUGCUGUUAAAUAUAGGGAUGCAGUUAUUCAAGAUGCUUAAAUCAAUCCUACUUAUCAUUUUGCAUUAAAUUAUUAUGACAAUUAUAUGCUUAUUAAUAUUUAGAAGUUUGAUUCUUUUAGUGACUUGUUGCUUAAAUAUAUAUAUAUAUAUAUAUUAUAUAAACACACACUGCAUUGUGCUUCUAACUGGCAACUGUUUUUACCUUUUAAUGGAAAUAUUAAUGAAAUUAUUAAUAGUUUAUUGAAAGUUUAUUGAAGGGUUACAUUGGUGUAAAUUAUAAUGGUUAUGUUUUACAGCUCUCUUGUACUUUUUUUUAUCAAGGCCAGAAAAUAAUACGGUAAAUAAAUUUAGAAGGUUUUGCCAGUUGCAACAUAACGAUCUACAAGGAACGAAUUCACGCUCUGUAUCCAUUUUCAAUUCUGGAUUUGAUGGUGAAUGUAGUGUUUUGUUUUGUUUUUGCUUCUGUACUUCUUAGCUCAAAAUACCAUACUUUUUUGUCUCGGUUUUAUUCUACAAGCUGUCUAAGCAUUUUCACUUUACCUGUAGUUUAAAAAAAAAAACAACCCUGGAGAGAUGUGCAGUCCAAUCAUACACAUAUUUGCUUGGACAACAAGUCUGACUUGGUCAAA